AUCAAGGAAUCUCAUAAAAAAGAACAUGUACUGAUCGUCACUAUUGACUACAAAAAUGCAUUUAACAUGCUCUGGUGGCUGGCAUUAUUUGAAGAACCCAGGAAGGCACAAUGCCAAAAAAAUCUUUAUACUAUCCUCAAAAGUUACCUUACAAGUUGGUGUUUACCACGAAAGAGGAAAUAACAGUCACUUGAUUACCAAAGGUUGUCCACAAGGGUCCCGGUCAGGACUGGGACUUUGGAAUAUAGUGUAUAAUGAUUUAUUACAUUUAAAUGACAACAACAGAAGCAAAUGAAAAAUUUUAGGAUACGCUGAUGACAUAGUGUUGGUGUUAUCGAAUCAAAGCAGAGAAAGACUACAGGAGCAUGCAAAUGAAUUACUACAAAAUAUAUACGAAUGGAGUCAGAAAUAUAAACUUGUAAUAAAUUACAAUAAGUGUGAAAACAUGUUUAUAUCUAAAAGAAAACCAUUACAAAAAGCUUUCAAAAUCGAAAUAAAUGGGAACAGGAUUACGAACAUUAAGACAAUUAAAUAUUUGGGUAUUCUUAUAGAUCACAGUCUCACAUGGACCAAACAUUUAGAUUAUGUUUUGAAUAAGACAAGUAAAGUUACUAACAGGCUACUUAGCAUUGUCCACAAGGAGUGGGGUUUUAACCAAUCUGCAAUUAAAAUUCUAUACAAAGCAUGUGUAGAACCGAUUAUUUUAUAUGGUGCCCCAUUCUGGGGAUGGGAUGCAGACAAGACUAAUAUUAAAAGAAAACUUCUAACCAUCCGACGGCCCAUAUUACUCAGGAUAUGUCAUGUAUAUCGGACAACUUCAAAUGCAGCGUUACAUGUUCUUUCUGGUAUUAAACCUCUUCAUCUGAGUGCUAAAAUGCUCACUUGGUCAUGGGCACUUAACAAUUUCAAUUGUACAAAAAAAGGGUUUGCUAACCUUAGUAAAUAUGCAGAGAUAGGGUGUCUAUCCAACUUUAAGAAAGAUCUUCUUAAGAAAUUUGUGGAUCCAAGUAAAUUCAGUGAAACUCCUUAUAGUGUCCACCCAUUGAAAAAUAACAGGAUUACUAUUACCAAUAUCAAUGUAGACCCAUAUCCCAAACAUUUUGUGUUCACGGACAGUUCGAAGAUUGAGGACAAUGUAGGAGCAUCUGUAGUUCACUCAAUUCAUGGAAAUUCGAACUUUAAACAUCAUUUGGGUUUCAAACUUGCCAACUAUUGCACGAUACCUGAAGCAGAGCUAUACGCAAUCUACCGUGCACUCACCUAUAUUCAGAAGUCAAAUAUGAUUAAAGGCAACAUACGUAUGUGUACAGACAGUCAGACUGCCUUGAACAGAAUCGACCGCAAUUACACCAAGUGUCAGACAACCAAAUUAAUUUAUAAUCUUACAAAUGUAAACAUUUCCUUUGCCUGGGUCAGAGGACAUAGUGGCGUUCAAGGGAACGAAGAAAUAGAUAGGAUUUCAAAGCUCUAUGCCAACUCUUCAGAAAAUAAAAUUUACACAAGUAUAAUGAAAACGAAUAUAAAAAAAUCUUGUGGAACAGACUGCAAAACAACUGUGGCAGAUGGAGUGGAUCAGCAGUGACACAGGAAGGCUGACGUUUAGCUUUCUUCUUGAUGUUCAGGAACAUUUGCCAUGAAACACUUGUACAUCAACUACUUUUCCAGCCAAAUUUUAACUGGUCACGGUAAUUUUAGACAAUAUUUACACAGAUUUGGUUUCAGUGAAGUGGACUCAAGUGAUUGUGAUAACUCUUCGACUCAAAAUGUGGAACAUUUUAUUUUCAGCUGCGAGAAGUUUAAACAAAAACGUGAAAGACUAAUGUACUGUACAGUGCUUUACAUCAUGGCUUAACUGGCCUUGCCCCCUCUCCAAACUGAUUUCUAAUCGAGGGAUUUUUGAAGAGCUGAUGAAAUUCAUCAUAGAGACAAAAGCUCUCAAUGUGAAUUUCAACAGGACAUAAUUCUCCAGGCAAGCCAAAUCAUACUCUUAUAUAUGUAAAAGUUUCUAAGACUUUUCUUUUAUCAUUGUAUACAUAUGUGUUUCAAGUGUUUAAUGUCUAUGCAAACUUUAAAUGCCAAAAAUUAUGGUCAUCCUGCAAAAUAACAUCUGCAAUGUGCCAACAUGUACAUAAUUGUAAACUUUGCUUUUUGGAAGUUAAUUUUGAUGUUAUUUUAUUUUUGAUUGUCAGAAUUUUUAUGUAAUUACAAUUUACAUCUACUUGUCUGCAUUUUUCAAGCUGGUAAAAUUAUGUAUUGCUUUUGCAACUUCCUGUAAGCUUCAGGAAGACUCAUUGUACAUAUGUUUUAUCUUUCUGUAGUUAUUUAUUCCAUAAAUAAAUGCCAGUGCAGAUGCCAUGGACCGCCCCUUUCAUCCCCUUUCCUAUCUCACUUUAUUUUUUUUUUCACCUUUACCUCUUCUCUUAAACUCUUUUCUAUCUACUUUUCACCCCCAGGCAAUACCUAUGAGUAGUCCUGGGUCUUCAUCCCCUAUGCUACAAAAAUAUACAAAAAUAUCUUUUCUAAGUUAUUUUUAAGUUAUUGUUACAUUAUGUUAUGUAAGUUA